CCACCGUUCUCGUCAGUUGGCCAGAAUCCGCGACGCUGUCAGGACCGGGUCUAGUUUCCCCCCGGGUAGUGCUGUCAAAGUGUGUGUCCUCCGCAGGACGUCGCCGCCGCGCCUUUUUCGAGUGGAUUUUGAUUUUAUUUUUGACGGAGGGGGGAUUGUACGGAAGAAUCCGGAAGAAUCCGUUAUCGGGUGUGUGUGAUCAGCUUCCGGAAAAAAACUUUUGGCAAGUGUUGGGAAUUCCUGCCAGGGGGUUGUGUUCUACCAAGUUCUGGCCAAGGACCGGAAUGGACCUGUCCCGUUGGUCAGCGUUCGGAGCGGAUGCUGCGGGAUUGAAGGAUCCGGAUUGAAGAGGGAAGGCUCGGUAGAUUCAGGGAGUUCUGGUGAAAGUUUUCCCUGUGUGUGAGUGCGUGUGUGUCCGUGUGUGUGCACACCAACUUGUUGGGCUGGAAGCCGCCGCACUUUAAUAAUUUAUUAUGUAACGAAAAGUGCUUGUGUGGCGCUUGCGGCAACAGGAGCGAAACUUUUGCUCCCCGUUGAUGCUGAAGGAGUCCCUCCGCUUUUCGGUGAAGCUCGAACUUUGUAACUGGAUUCCUGCGGGGGGUCGGCGGUAGUUGGACGGAAUCCAAUUAGCUUGGCGCGAUGAAAAGGACAAUCCACCUUCCACGUAGAGUGACGAGGGUGAUGUGAUUUUUGUGCGAAGAAAUUUUGAAAUCAAUAAACAAGUGCCCGCGUAGGUUGCGAAUAAAUUUUCCGGGGAAAAUCCCUUCCAAGGUGGGCGCAAGAGUACGUGCUUCAGCUGUUAUUUAUGUGCGGGGGGGAACGAGAGUCUCCACGACAAAGCCGAAGAAAACAACAACAUCAACGAAUAAAAAGAGGAUCACGGUGUUGGCAAAGUUUGAGGGGGGAAAAAAUAAAAAAGUAAGAUAAAUUGUUAUUGAAAACCAGCGCAGCUGGAAAGUGUAAGUGAGUGUUCUUUGAAAACAAGUUCCAGAAAAAAAAUUACAAAACAAAACCGCGACACCCGUACCCAAUAAAAGGCAGUUUGUUAAGGUGAAAUAACACAAAAUCCCAAAAAAAAGAAAGAAAAGAAAAAACAUCAAACAAAAGGAAAAAUCUGAGCGUCAGCCUCCACGCAGUUUUUCUUUUCUUGUUCCGGGAAGGAAAACUUUCGCUGGGCUGCUUUUCAUUGCCAGCAAAGUUGCGAAAAAAAAAAACACGUGGCAGAGCGAUUCCAGUCAGCAGCACCCAUCACACACGUGGGCUAAGCUGGACGCGGCCCAGGACACCAGCGGAGGCGGACGGGAGGGUUGAUCGAGGACAACAAGCCAACAAAUUGGAUUUGAGUGGUCGCCUCAAAAAUAACAACACGAUGUGAAACCAACAACAAAAAAAAAAAGCGUUGAAUCCCAAAACAUUCCCCCGUUGGCGGCAACACUGCACUCCAACGUGGUGCGCUCAAAUGUAAAUGUGUGGGUGUGUUUGUUUGUGUUAGUGGGGGGUGGGGGUGUGGGUACCGUUGGAGAGAGGGGAGGUUUUGAAAAUGUGUGCGCGGGAAAGGUGUUUGCGAUGAAAAAAGAGGAAAAUUGUUUAAAAUAGUGCACUAGGAAGUGUUUGCCGAAACCCGCCACUUUUGAAAGGGAGGGCAGGGAAGUGUUGCCAGACCAUGGGCACGGCCAACGAUUCCGCCGGUCCGGGCUGGGACUCCCCGGACUAUUUUCGGCUGUUUAGCGAGGGUUCACCGGUGGUCAAUGAGUCGGUACGGCCGGGACGGUCCCCACCCCGGCCGGCCACCAACGCCAGCGCACCUGGCAACACUGCUGCCGCGGGCACGGGCAACGGGUCCUCGGUGGCGGCGGCCACGACCAAUGCCGCGUACCAAAUCUACUACGGUGCCGGUGGUUCCGGGGGGGAUGACCAGUCGGCCGGGGCAGGCCGGAACGGAAGUGAGGGCUACGCGGGGGCGCCGCCACCUGGGGGAAGCAAUUUUAUGCUGCUGCUGGAGGAUUUUGGCGAGUAUUUUUACAACUAUAAUGGCAGUGGACCACCGAACGAUACGCUGCUGGUGGACGCCAGCCCCGGCUUUCCGGUCAACUGUACGCUGGCGAACGCGACCUGCGAGCCGACGGAAGGAGACCACUACAACUACUGGGGCCUGAUCCUGGUGCUCUUCCCAAUCCUGACCCUGUUCGGCAACGUGCUCGUGAUACUGGCCGUGUGCCGCGAACGGACUUUGCAAACCGUCACGAACUACUUCAUAGUGUCACUGGCGCUGGCCGAUCUGCUCGUAGCCGUCGUCGUCAUGCCGUUCGCCGUCUAUGUGCUGGUGAACGGAGCGUGGACGUUGCCAAAUUUCGUUUGUGAUUUCUACAUAGCAAUGGAUGUGAUAUGCUCAACGUCGUCUAUAUUUAAUUUAGUUGCAAUAUCAAUAGACAGAUACAUCGCCGUGACGCAGCCGAUCAAGUACGCGAAGCACAAAAACAGCCGCCGCGUGUGCCUGACGAUCCUGCUCGUGUGGGCGAUCUCGGCCGCGAUCGGGUCGCCAAUCGUGCUAGGACUAAACAAUACGCCCGACCGGGUGCCCGAUCUGUGCGUUUUCUACAAUAGUGAUUUUAUAGUGUACUCGUCGCUGAGUAGUUUUUAUAUACCGUGUAUCAUAAUGGUGUUUUUGUACUGGAAUAUUUUUAAGGCCCUCCGGAAGCGGGCGAAAAAGCAGCGCGCGGCCCGCAAGCCCCACAUAUCGGAGAUUACCGCCGGCGGUAGUCUGAUGGAGAACACGGUGGCGAAGCUCGCGACGGAAACGCACCUGGACGGCAGCACCAAGAGCGGCGGGUCCUGUAAGAUCCUGCCGGACGAGCCGCCCACCAACACGGCGUCCGGCUCGAACGAGGAGGACGACGACAACGCGGGGUCCCCCGACAUUGAUGACUGUCAUGUGAUCGUGAACGACAAGUCCACGGAGUUUAUGUUGGCCACGGUCGUGGAAGAAGCUGGAAACGUGGUGGCCCAGAUAACGACGACAACGCAGAUUCCCUCCGACCCGAACGGCAACCACGACUCGGGCUACGCCCCGUCCAGUGUGGGGGACGCGCUGGCGGCGAACGCGACGCCCCCCGGCAGUCCGAACGUGGCCAACGCCGCCACCAUCAUUGUAAAUAAAAACGCUACGCUUAGAAGUAGAAACGGCUCGCCGCGGAAGGAAGCCAGCGUAACGCUGAAACCGCUGUCGUUAGUGCGGUGUGGGGUGCAGCAGGCCUUAACGCUCAACCGGAACGACUCGACGCUAUCAACGAACUCCAACUCGCGGGACGGCACACUUAAGGAUAAAAAGGGUGCCCAGCAGGCGGCGAGCCGGUUUACGAUCUACAAGGUGAACAAGGCGUCCAAGAAGAAGCGCGAAAAGUCCUCGGCGAAAAAGGAGCGGAAAGCGACCAAAACGCUGGCGAUAGUGUUGGGUGUGUUCCUGUUCUGCUGGGUGCCCUUCUUCACGUGCAACAUCAUGGACGCGAUGUGCACCAAGCUGAACAUGGACUGCCAGCCGGGCGUGACGGCCUUCAUCCUGACGACCUGGCUCGGCUACAUGAACAGCUUCGUCAACCCGGUCAUCUACACCAUCUUCAACCCGGAGUUCCGGAAGGCGUUCAAGAAGAUCAUGCACAUCGAGUGAGUACGGCGGAUCGUGCCGGGUGGUGGUGGUGGGGGAAGGGCAGGAGCAGCAGCAGCAGGGGGGUUCGAGUUGCGGGAGAUGUCGUCCGGGGGGAUGGUCACGGGUGGGGGAGGUGCCACCACGACGAACGGGGGUGGACAUCCGGCCUCCCUUGGAGGUGGGGGAACGAACCGUAUGGUCACGUGGCGAUUGAGGGAUGACUAAGGGAAUACGAAGCCUUUUUUUUUUGGUUUGGAAUGCACUUGAAAUUUUGAUUAUUAGAAAAUCUUUUUUUUCUUUUUUCAACAAGCAGCACACUUAUAAAAUAAAUGCGAAUUAUUAACUUA